GUAGGAGUACACUGUAUUAUCACAGUGACAUCCCCAUGCAUCAGGUGCUAGCUGCUGCUUCACCAUCACCACAGCUAUAUAACCUACGGCACCACCGCCUUUUAUAAAGACAGGCUCUGCACUCGGCGUUCUUCUUCGAUCCAGUUCAAACCGAGCGACACCGAUCAACUUGGGCAUGGCUGGAGGAGCUGCGACGGGGCUGCGAGGGUUGUGGAGGAGGUACGCACCGCACAACAUGAUGAUCAUGGUGCAGCUGUGCUACACCUUGAUGUACUUCGUCACCGAGGCCGCCUUCAACCGGGGGCUCAACCCCUACGUCUACGUCACCUACCGCCACCUCCUCGUCGCCGUCCUCCUCUGGCCCUUCGCCUACUACCACGAGAAGAAGUUGAGGCCCAAGAUGACCUGGAUGCUGUUCCUGGAGAUCUUCGUGCUCUCACUUCUAGGGGUGAGCUUGACCCUGAACAUGUACUUCGCGAGCCUCAAGUACACGUCCCCGACCUUCGUCACCUCCAUGGUCAACACCGUGGCCUCCAUCACAUUCGUCAUCGCCAUCGCGCUCCGGAUGGAGAUCGUGGACCUGCGCAGCGCGCGGGGCCUCGCCAAGGUGGCCGGCACGGCGGUGUCCUUCGCGGGGGUCACCACCAUGACGCUGUACAAGGGCGCGGCGAUCGCGAGCCCCUGGAGGGCGCCGGUGCACAUCCCCAGCGGCGGCGACGCCGCGCACAACGCCUGGCUCAAGGGGUCGCUCCUCGCCGUGGCCAGCUGCGUGUGCUGGUCCGUCUGGUACAUCAUGCAGGCCACGUCCGUGAAGCGGUACCCGGCGGAGCUGUCGCUGACGGCGUGGAUGGCCACGGUGGGCGGGGUCCAGUCGCUGGCCUUCGCGGUGCUGCUGCAGCACGAGAGGCAGGACUGGCUCAUCGGCUUCGGCCUCAAGUUCUGGUGCAUCAUCUACUCCGGGCUCGCGUGCAGCGGGUUCACGGUGUUCGCGCAGCUGUGGUGCACAGAGAAGAAGGGCCCCGUGUUCGUCACCAUGUUCAACCCGGUGUCCACCAUCAUGGUGGCCAUCCUCGCCUACUUCAUCUUCGGCGAGAACCUAUACGUCGGAAGCAUAAUCGGAGGAGUGGUGGUCAUCCUGGGCCUCUACAUGCUGCUCUGGGGCAAGGACAAGGACCAGGAGUACAACGCUGCAGGAGCGGCGACCGGCGAGGAGCAGGGCGGCUCGCCGGAUCUGGACUGCGAGAAGCAGCAGCGGCAGGGGAAGAAGAUGGUCGGCGUCUCCUUGGCGCGGGAUGGCUCAGAAGAACAGACCAAGGCGAUGAGAUAAGAGGAGGGCUCAGAAGAACAGAAGAAGCGGCCUGCAUCAAUGGCUCUGCAGUUGUUCUACGUACUAGUACUUCUUUGUUCGAAAGAAACACAAUUCUGUAGUUGAUCGUGGCAAAAUUCUUUGACAUGGAUCCACCAACGGGGCAUCCAUCUGAACUUUUGUUGCAGCAUCAGUAUGUGCACUGUUUAACCCGCAAAAAAAAGCAUGUGCUAUGUUUUUUGGCGAAA